GGAUAUUUGAGUUUUGAGGCUGUGUAUUGGAUAUUGAUAGGAGCAUUGUGGAGCUUUCAUGCUUUUGGAUGACAGCAGAGUGAAGGAGUUGAUAAUCCAAGGAGAAUAAACUUCCAAUUGCAUGAACUGAGGAUGCGAGACGAUUCACGUCUACAUGUUCGUGAUGGUGUACCACGGACAAUGCUGGUUGCCAUUGUGCCAUUUAUUCUGGUACUCUCAUCGAUCCAAGCUGAGUCAAUAUUGAGGGCCCCAGGAAGAUGUCCAGUCCUGACCGAGCUCAGUUCGUGUCCAGCCCGUGCGCCUCCAUGCUCCAGUGACUUUGAGUGCUCCAGUCCAUCCGAGAGAUGCUGCGAGACAGUUUGCGGUCUCAGAUGUGUCCUGGGGGAACUCACGGGCUGCGAGCAAUUGGCCAUCGCUGCUGGCCGACGUUCCCAAACAAUUGUGGAUCACGGAGCUGGACAAUUCGUUCCGCAGUGCAACAAUAUCACUGGCGAAUUCGAAAGGAUCCAGUGUGAGGCGAAUGAGAAAAAUUGCUGGUGUGUCGAUGAGUUUGGCAGCGAAGUCUCUGGCACAAGAGCACCCGCCAGGGAUUUCGUUGACUGUGAAAAUCCAAGAAGCUGUCAGGCGCAUUCUUGUCGUAUGUUGUGUCCUCUGGGAUUCGAGAUUGACGCAAUAAGUGGCUGUCUAAAAUGCGAAUGCCGAGAUCCCUGCAAGCAAGUGACAUGUCCGGGCUCUGGUCAGACCUGUGAGCUUGUAGACGCACCCUGUGCACGCCCUCCGUGUCCCCCAAUUCCCAGUUGUCGAAAAGCAAAAUUCCUGGCCACAAUUUGUCCCGCGGGUGAGCCCCUCCAAAUAACCGACUCACCGCGUCCCUUCCUCUGCGGAGAUACCCCAGGAAAACCAAAUUGUCCGCCUCUCUACCGUUGUUUGGUUCAGCCAAAUGCUGAAUAUGGAGUUUGCUGUCCCUCGAGCCUUCGCCUGCAGCGUCCAGGGACUUGUCCAACUAUCGAGGAGCCAGCGGACUGUGGAGCCUCUUGCGAACACGAUUUAGAUUGUCCAGGGCCACAGAAGUGUUGCUCCAGUGAUCAUUGCGGGGGGAGAGUUUGUGCUUUUGCAACUGGAUUGAGCUCGUGCCGGAAGAAUCGAAUGUCUGCUGAACUCUUGAGCAUUUCUGAGAAAGAGGGACGGGGGUAUAUACCCCAAUGCACCGACAACGGGGGCUACAAUCCCCUCCAGUGCUCCAGGAAUGGUCUAGUCUGCUGGUGUGUUGAUACCGAUGGGAGGAAGAUCUCUGGGACAAUGGGACCUGCAGAGAAUGUCACCUGCGAAGAAGCUAAACCGAGAGCUAGGGCUCUUGAUGCGUCUUGUCCACUGCAACAGUGCGCCCAGGUCUGCCAGUAUGGGUUCAAGGUCGAUGAGAGGGGGUGCUCCACGUGCGAGUGCGAUGAUCCGUGCCAGGGGUACAACUGCCCGGAGGACCAGGAAUGCACCCUCUCCCGGGAGACCGGCUGCCCAGACUUUCUGUGCCUGACUCGACCAAUCUGUCGCCCAAACAAAACCUACAAGAACCCCUGCACCGUCGGGGGUCCCCUGUCCGACGAGAACGGCACCGUAAUCUUCUGUUCCCAGAACUCCACCUGCCCGCAGGACCACUCCUGCACACCUAUCCCAGACUCUCCCUCUUCAGUCUGCUGCGCCCACCACAACCUCACGAAGCCCCGUCGCUCGCCCACAAUGUGCGAAUAUCUCAGAAAUUUCACCAAUCGCAUGGAGGGAACUCGCGCCGGGAUGACCCUCGCCCUCCCCCCACCCGAGUGCCUCCCGAACGGAGCCUACAGCCCCCUCCAGUGCUCCAACUCCACCUGCAACUGCGUCAACACUCAAGGAGUUCCAAUCCUUAGAAACAUAAACCCGCAAAUUCAAAAUUGCUCGGAGAUACGCGCCAUAAUUUCCGAAACAUGCGGGGAAUUCCCGAAUUGUACCUUGAAGUGUCUCUACGGUUUCGAGGUUAACACGACCGGUUGCGCCGAGUGCAGAUGCCGUGACCCGUGUUCAGACAUCAACUGUCCCUCUCGGGAGGUCUGCACGAUGGUGGACGUGAACUGCGGUGAGGGUCACAAAUGCCCGCAGGUUCCUGCCUGCCUUCCGUCCACAAAAUUAGGCCAAUGUCCUUACUUGGUUCCGAGCUCAUCGAGCUGUGAGGUCCACUGCAGCACGGAUCAGGAGUGCUCAGACUCCCAGAAAUGUUGUUCCACAGGAUGUGGCACCCAGUGCGUAACUCCAGUGGUGGCAACAGGAUGUCAGCACGCUCGGGCGCUCGCUGAGCACGCAGCUAGGGAGUCGGGCGAGCCCGCCCGGAGACUCUACAUCCCCAAGUGCGACGACAAGGGUAGAUUCGAGCCCGUUCAGUGUCACCUGGACACCUGUUGGUGCAUCGACGAGGAAGGGAGGGAGGCAGCUGGUACCAGGGUGCCAAAUGGCCUGCGACCGACCUGCAGCACUCCCGUGGUCUGCCCGGACAUCAAUUGCGAGCUGAACUGCACCGACGGGUUUGACCUGGAUCUAUCGGGCUGCCCCACGUGCAGCUGCAGGGACCCUUGCAAGUCCGUGAACUGCAGAGGUCCGAAUGAAGCCUGCAGGAUGGUGGAAGUCGCCUGUAGCGCUCCACCCUGCCCUCCUGUCCCUGUCUGUCUACCCAAGAAGGACAACCCGUGCCCCAAUGGAGCCCCCCUCAUCAGUCAGGAUGGCACUCCGGCGAUCUGUGGACCCCACGGUCACCACUGCCCCUCGACUCACAAGUGUGAGCUGUCUCCACUCGACGAGUACGCCGUCUGCUGUCCCAAACCUCGUGACGUCUGCUUCGAGCCGCCCAAAUUCAUCGACUGCGCUGGCCAGUCAAGCCCAUCCUUCAACGAGACGGAGCGCUGGUACUUUGAUCCCGAGAAAAAUGAGUGCAGAUCCAAAUCUGGAUGUUCGAUCGGACAUAAUGACUUUUCGAGCAAGCUUGUCUGUGACGAUGUUUGCCCUGUUUUGACUGCCUGUGAGCUACAGAGGGAGAGGAACCUCAAGAACUCUCAACGGAGCAAGCAGCCAUCAUUCCUACCUAGAUGCAAUCCUGAUACUGGCGCGUGGGAGCCCGUUCAGUGUCUUGAGCACGUGGGAGUCUGUUGGUGCGUCGACAAGAAAGGGAUUGCGCUCAAGGGAUCUUUAGUCCGGGCGAAAGAGCCUAAAUGCAACUUCAGACAAGCCAGGAAGGGUCGAGGACCUUUCGAGGCUUCGGAGACGAUCGAACUUGACAGCUGGAUAGAUCCUGAGUUCAAGGUCUACAUGAAUAACGUGGAGACUGCUAUCAGAAGCAUCUUUACAACUAGGUGUGAAGCCAUGAGGGAACGGGGUCAUGUGCCGACGACUUGCGAUCAGGACGGGCAGUUCGAGCCGACCCAGUGUGCAGGCGGUACUUGCUGGUGUGUUGAUGAAGCUGGAAAUCAAGUUGUUGAUUCGGAGCCGUUUUACAAGGACUCGAGAGUCUGUGAUGUGACUCCUGUGGAAGCUGUUGAAGUCACUUUAAGGUUCCCCGGGCAUUUCGUCAGCGACGACAGUAAUCAAUUCACUCUCGCCAUCAGGGAUCUCCUCAGGGACCUCGGGGCUGUUGUCAAGGAUGGCAUCGCCAUUGAGCUUGAUCUUGACUCUGCCAUCAUUGGAUUCGAGAUCACUGGGAAGAACAAAGUGGAUGUGGCUUUCCAUCUUGAGGAGCUUACGAGGAACAGGAGCCUUGCGGUUCUGGGGACCACUGCCGAUGCCACUACUUCUAGGUUUAUUCAUAGACCACUGGCGCUUCAUCAGGAGAAUAAUGUGAUGGCACUGAGGCAGAAGGACGCGGUCAGCGAAGCGGAAAUGGCGGUAUUCAGGACUACUACCGUGGUUCUUGCCGUCGCCGGCACUUUUAUUGUCGGGAGUCUUGCUGCAUUGAUUGGAAUCUAUCGGAAUAAGAUGAAAACAAGAUACUGCACCCCACAAUCAUCUCCCAACCACGAAGAAUCAUUAGCGAAUACUGAGAAACCUGUCUACAUAAUCUCCAGUCUAGAGAAAGAGAAGAACUCUCUUGAUUCCAGUAGACAAAUAGAGGAGAACAUUCAGAGCAUCCAAAUUAAGCAGAUCACCGAUGCUUAAGGAAUUCAUAUCAUGUUUUUUAUUUCGUCUCUCUUUUGUAUAAGAAAAUGACUCGUCAAGUAUUUAAUAACGCUUUCGUACUCGAAUCAUUAUUUAUUGACACUCGAUGUAGGUGAGUAUGUGUGCGUGUGUGUAAGUUUAUUGAUUAAUUCUGUAGGGAAAUGGCGAAACGUUAUGAGUGUAUCAAAUUCUAUUGAAACGCGCGAAAAAAUUUCGUAAAAAAAACAGCGCAAUCGCUAGAAAAUUCUAUUGAAAAUUCUAGUUUUUCGCCGAUUCUAUUGAAAACUUCAGCUUCUACCCGCGUGUUUUUUCACAUCAUGAAACAUCAAAUUAUUUCUACGUUUCAACGUUUCGUAUCCGAAAGAAUUUAUUAAAAAACUUAGAGAUUUCGCUAGAAAGUUCAAUAGAAAUCCAACAGAAUUGUCCAGCGAAUUCAGUCGAUUUUUCUAUUAAAUUUUUUUAUACGUGAAAUGCACUAAAUUUUUGUUUGCGCGUGUUUACUUCAUGCAACAUCAACUUAUCCUGACGUUUAACCAUUUUUCUAGCGGUUUAAUCAUUUCAUCAUUUCGACAAGUUAAAUGAGGAGGUGAACGCAGUAAUGGACAUUGCUUCCUCAUUUUCCUCGGUUACGAACCCAUUCAUUCAUCCCUAAUGAUUUAUUAUUAGUUAAGAUUUACUCAACUAAUUACCCGGAUUAAUAUAUCAUCCAGACAAUUGGAUUUGAAAUGAGUAUGACGAAUUGAAAGUCAAAUGUGAUAAUUCAGUCAGUUAAAUCCGAGGUAAUACCGAACAAUCGUUAUCCCUUUGAUUCAAGUAUUUAUUUAUUUAUAUUUGUAGAUUUUUUUUCUCUUUGUACUUUUUAUUCACAUGUUUGACAGGCUUUUGAAGCGCGUGGGGCGGAGAAUAACUUCUUCAGCUUCCGGUGCUGUCAAAAAUCUGUCGAAUGUCAUUUUGUAGACGCGUAUCGUGUACCCACAAAUAUAAAAACAAAGUGAUAAGAAUUAAUUAAGUGACAAACACUUUCGUAGGAAAAUUCUUUUACUCUUGAACACAAACCAUUGUUAAACAACUGUAGUGUUAAUUAUUUAUUUCACCAAUACUGUGACGAACCUGUAAUAAACGUAAUUAAUUAAUUAGAUA